AUGACAGCAAAGGAGAAGACGAAGCGCGAUAUGAAGCUCCUUGUGAGCUUCGUGGCCAUGAUCUUCGUUGGCCUCGGCAACAAAAUUUUCCAGAAACUGCAAACGAUUCCAAUGCACAAUUACCCGACGUUCCUUAAUCUGCUCUCCACUUUCGUCUACAUCCCCAUCAGUUUUGCGUACAUUUUGCCAAUGAUCAAGUACGGCAGCGCUAUUACCUGGGACCAGCGCAGUAUUCCCAAACAAAAGUUUGCGGUCAUGGGAGGACUGGACUCGAUCGCUGGCAUUUUGCAAGUAUUUGCAGCCACCUAUUUGGGUGGCUCACUGAUCAUUCUACUGGGCCAGGCUGCUAUUCCCAUGACGAUGCUGAUUUCUAGUUUGCUGUUGAAGGCCAAGUACUCCAGCUACCAAUAUGUCGGUGCAGCGGUCGUGACGCUGGGGCUGCUCAUUGUGUUGGGUGCUGGCGAUUCCCAUAGCAGUACUGGCACGGAUUCGAACCUCAUCGUACUAUGGUCAAUCGUCAUGAUCUUCAGCUGUGUCCCCAUGUGUCUCUCCAGUGUCUACAAGGAAAAGACACUUGGAGAAGCAGAGCUCGAUGCGGUUUACUUGAAUGGAUGGAUUGCAGUCUUCCAGUUCCUGUUCGCCAUUCCGCUCACGUUUCCCGCAGCUCUAGUCGGGGAUCAUCCAGUUACUCCUCGUGAACUCCCAGAAAACCUAAAAGAUGGGUUGAUGUGCUACUUGGGGCAGAACACUGUCAUCCAUGGUACCCACAAGGACAACUGUGACAAGGCGACUAUCUACGUGACGGCAUAUCUGCUCUUCAACGUAGCCUAUAACCUCUUGAUCAUCCUGAUUCUCAAGUUCGGCAGUGCAAACAUCCUCUGGCUGGCCAUGACAAUAAUGGUUCCUCUUGGCAACGUCGCGUUCACGUUCCCGUUCAUGCCAGAGCAUCAGCCGCUACAUGCGAAGGACAUUGCCAGCUUAGUGCUGAUCAUGCUCGGACUCUUCAUUUACCGAUUCCUGGAAGAGGUGCUGGAUUCGUGGAACAAGCAGAAACCCAUGAACUUCCGCGAAACGGAUCCUGCAGUGGAUGAACUAAAGCAGGCGCUCCUCGCUGGUGACAGCAGCGACAAGAUGGCGAAAAACGUUUAA